CUGACAAAAGAAACCAAAGUGAAGAGCCUUAUUGUGAAACUGAAAGGAGACGCGAAUGUACACUGGACGGAGGGCAGUGGAGACGACGAGAGCAGUUACAGUGCGAACAAGAGAUACUUCAAACAUAAAGAAUACCUGGUGGGAGAACAUUCCAGAGGCACUGUACUUCCCCAAGGAGACCACUGUUUCGCUUUUGAGCUUAAAUUCCCACAGGGGGACUUUCCGUCAUCCUUCAAAGGGGAAUAUGGAAAGAUCGUCUACAUCCUUGAAGCAAAGAUGUCGAGGAGCUGGCGAAUGCCUUCGAACGUACAGAAAGAGCUCAAAUAUGUGUCAAAGUGCUUUUCACUCCCUGGCCAAGUAGCGUGUCCUCAAUCUGGUUCCGUGAAUAAAGACGUUGGGGUUUUCUCCAAAGAACGGGUCCAAAUGUCUGCUACCGUUGACAAAAACAUUUGCUCUCCAGGUGACACUUUAUCUUUUGUUGCCAAAAUCAGCAACUCCUCUUCCAAAACAAUGAGGGCCAAAUUCAAUUUACUGCAGACAACAGUGUACCGCGCCAGUGGUUCCACUACUUCCAGUGAGAAAAGUCUGUGCAAAAUGGUUGGGGACAAUAUCCCAGUGAACUCGGAGGAAACUGUCUCCUGCCAACUGAAGGUUCCUGUCGAUGCCAUCUACACUCUCCAUAAUUGUGAAAUCCUCUCAGUUGACUAUUGCGUCAAGGUGUAUUUGGACAUCAGUUUCGCCACUGACCCAGAGGUGAUAUUUCCACUGAACAUCGUUCCUUCUGGCUUUGCUAACCUUCACCCUGGUCAGGCUAUGGGUCCUUACCCAGCUGGGGCUGUUGGGGCCCCAAGUUACAGUGACUUCCCUCCCCCUGCCUUCCCUACUGGUCCAUAUCCUAUGCCAGCAGGUCCAGGUGCUUAUGGAUACCCAGCACCAAAUCCCACUCAACAGCUGAACCCAACAAGUGGCUACAAUCAGUGGCCACAACAGCCUGCUCCGUAUGGCUAUCCAAAUGCAGCUUUCCCACCAGUGCCGUAUCAAGCCCCUACUGCUCCACCUAUGUUUCAACAGGGAGAACACAAAUAGUCUAGAAAUACAAACACAUGAUGAGGGAAUUUGAGCUAUUUGUAAUGUUUUUCACUGGGUUUAUUACUUUUAUUACAAAUGGUUAUUCAUUCAUGACAAUGCAAAACAAAUGUUUUCAUGCCCUUUAAUUCGACCAGUAGCUGUGUCCUCAUCUUCACUGAGACAUGGCUCCACCUCAACAUCCUGGACCAGUGUGUUCAGCACUGACAGAACACAAAACACUGGCAAGACGCACCAAAUCAUAACAGAUGUUAUCUCAGGACUGCCGGAAGUACUGCUUUUAAUGGAUAAACAACUGUUUCCUGUUUCCUGAAGAAACAGGAAGGUGACCCAUAUACGGAGUUGCUGCAGCGGCCUGGGUUCAUUAUGUGAAUUAUGUAACUUGGUUUUAAAAAUCCAGGCUUUCCAGAGUAUUGAAAGACAGAAACAGAAUAUGCAAAAGAGUAAACAAAUGAAGACACAGCACAAACGGUAGCCCACAGGGAUUUAUUUUUUAUUUGAAAAGGCCUAAUGACCAGUAGUAGUUACAGUAGUUACAGGUGGACAGUCACCCAUAAGACAUGUAUGUUGCUUUGAUCCUUGGACAAUAACAAUAGCAUUUCAAAGGAAAUCUACACUUUUGGGACCAUGUAUGUCCCCCUGAAGAGAUAUGAGGAGGAAUGCAUGGAUGCUCCAUUCAUCUAUAUAAGUGAUGUAUGCAUAAAGGGAGGUUGCAUGAAGUUUUGAUCUCGCCUACUUGUAUGAUUUAUGACAUAUGUUGCAAGUGGCAAAAAAAUACUCUCAUAUUAUUUCACACAUUAAACAUUAAACCUAUAAGUGGUAGUGCUAACUACCAAUUGCACAAUAUACGUUUACUCUGUUCUAAGUUUAGAAUCAUAGGCUAUACAUAGGCUGCAUCCAGACUGCAGGCCAAAGUGACGCUAAUCAGAUUUGCUCAUAUAUCUGAUUUUAGCAUGGCAGUGUGAACAGCAUAAAUCAUAUGGAAUCUGAUCUUUUUAAUUCAUUUUCAAAUGUGGUCUCAAUCACAUCCACCUCAAAUUUCUUGCAAUGUGAUCUCAGUGUGAACAGUCAUAUCAGAAUGCUUGUGACUUUUACAUCACUUUAGAUUGACAUUCAUCGUGUGGGUCACUUCAGGACUGGGAAUCUGUUCACACUGGAUUCUGAUGUAGACCACAUUCAAAAAAUAAUGUGAACAGCCAAACAAAAUAAUAAAUAAGUAAAUAUCUGCAGCUGCAAGAAGAAACUUUGGCAGGUAUAUUGUCUCAGGCUGAUUGCAACUCAUAUUCAGCACUACAGGAAUGACAUUGGCUCCCAGGAAGUCAGGCUCUCAGCAGUCACCACACUGGGGAGUGUCUGAAUGCACCAAGACCCGUAUAAAGGUGUCCACCUGUAGCCCUGCAUCUUUUGUGGUGAUAGUGACAAGACUGGGAUAUGGGCAGAGAGGCAAGCUUCCAGACAUGCUCAUGCUCCAAGAAAGGCCACCUCACCCCCUUUUUGGUCCCACACAAGAAUUCACUUUGGUCUUCCUUUCAAGGAAACAUAUGAGUAUUUUGGAGAAGGGACAAAAGUUUACAUAGCAUCUAAUUGUACCAUAAUCAAAUUACUUUAAACAAAGCCAAAAAACUAAGGAGGAUAUAUAUAUUAUAAUUUUACUAAGUAUAUAAAAUGUCCAGUGUUAGUUAGAUGUUCUUUUGCCUCAUCUUCUUUACUAGCAGGGCAGCAGGUGGCGGACACUUGUUAACCAGACAUUGUGCAAUGGGAGAGACAGCAAACAUAACUGACACCAACACCAACCUCUCCACCAUCUGGGGAAAUCGUUGGAACCUGGGACUCUUCCAAGUGCUGUCUCUGAUAUAGACAGAUAGGCUAAACUAUGUAAGACUCUCACUGGCAGUAGUUUACUGAAUGUUGUCUUCCUACAGUAUGUGACUCUUAAAAGUAAUAUAUAAAAGUAUAUAUUUUUAGAUUAAUUACUUUCCAGCCAGCUAGUGGUGUCAGGUCAUGCCAGUGUAGUAUAAAUGUAUAUUUGCUGAAAAUUGGGACAGACUUUAAAGGAAAUCCAUUGUAUAUAAGAAUGAAUCAUAUUAUUUGUUCAUUUCUGUUAACAGCAUCACUGUGAAGUUAUCAUAGCAAUGCCGAUUCAUGUUGCCUUUACAUCAGGCUUGUCUUGCAUGAACUGAUUUCCUUCUUACUACUGAAGAUAGACAAACACAACUAUCACAUCCACCAUCAACACUUCGAAUUGACUUGUUCUUGAUUUGUAUGUUUAAUUUUGCCCACUUCCAGUUGAAGGUCUAUCUAACUGAUAUCAGUUGCAUGAUGUAUUCUGCUGUGGCCUGCAAUUAGAUUACAGAUCGCCUGCUUUCAGGCCGAGGAUCUAAUUUAGUUAAGUGCACUUAAGACAGCCAGCCACAAAAUGGCACCACUGUGACUUGUUUUGAUCAGAAUCAGAAUCUUUAUUUGUCAUUGUCACAAGUACAACGAAAUGUGGCUUAUACUCAGGCCAAAGAAAUAAAACCUGUGAUGUUCAGUUUUGGUCAUCGCUUCUAGUUGACUUGUGUCUUUUUUCCACCACUUCAGUUGAAGGUACAAUGGGCAUUGAUGUCACACAACCAUAUCCUAUAAUACAUUAACCUCUCUCACGCCAGAGGACCAAAUCUCCUGCAUAUCCCACCAUGGUUUUCUUCAGUAUGAACUAUGGUAAGUUUGGUAAACUGUAGUCAAUUAAAGACUGAAUGUAUCCUCUGUAUUUCCUAUUUAAUCCAUGGAAAUGUCCACAAUACUGUAUUUUGGUUGAUAAAGGCCUUAGCAAUUUUCCUUCCAGAUUUCUUCAGUGUAAAUGUAGCAACUUUUCUACCACUAGGCAGAGCUGAGAAACAGCAACGUUUAUGGUGGGUGUGGUGCGUUGUAAUAUUUGGAAAGGAGUUUAAAUAGGCUUUUAUUUUCAGGUUCAGAGUCUUGACUGAAAAUGAACUAAAGCAUGAACAACAAUCAUAUCUUAGAAAGAUGUAAAUGUUGUUGAAACGUGGGCUGUGUAAAAUGAAUGAUGUAUGGGGAUUGGCUGGUAGAUUACAAUGCUGGUACUAAGCUCUUUGGCUCUGGUCCACUUGCAUGUGACUCUUCCUCAGUGUUUACUCUGUGAGUGCCUCAACACACACCAAAGUACACAUUUUAUAUAUUUGUAUAGAUUUAAUGAAACAUGCAGAAGACGGACGAGGACAUACUGAAAAGAAAUAAGUCUACUUAAUCUCCUGUUCCUUAUCAACUUCCCCUGUAUUUCCUGUGCCCCUCCUCUUGUUUCUAGGACAUAAAAACUGGACAACAUGUACAGUAUCAAGAAAAACACCUUUGAUGUUUUAUUUUUAAUAAAGUGUUCAACAAGGAGGCAAAAUAUAUACUUUCCUUUAUUUUCAAGUCUGUGGAGUUUAACAUGUGACAGCUACUUCUGUCUGUUUCAUUACAUAAUACUUAGCAAACCUGAUUUGUUCUACUCUCACACUGGCAG